GCGCGCAAAAAAAAAAAAAUCGACGCGGUAAUACGCAGUGGCGACGACAAUCAAUUUGGCGAGGAUCUGAGCGCCAUCCAUCGCUGCGGCCACGCGUAACAACUCGCAGCCCGCGCCACAGCUCCAACAACCUGUGAGAGCCCCUCUGGCAUGAGCCACCUCCUCACGACCAAAAAACACGAAGCGCUCGACGCCGCCGUCGCCGAAGCGAGCCGGAGCCAGCGCUCCACGCGUCCUCAAGAAGAAGAACAGACAACGCCGCAGGAGCGGCUCUGGACGGCCGCCGAAAAAGGACAGCUCGAGGUCCUGCGGGCUACUUGUUCAGAGAAAGUAGAUCUCGACGCCAGGCGCCCGGCCGACGGCCUCGCGGCGCUGCACCUCGCCUGCAUCCGGGGCUCGGACGGCGCCGUCGCGACGUUAUUGCGAGGAGGCGCGGCCGUGACGGCGGAGGACGCGUCCGGCCGCACGGCGCUCCACGCGGCGGCGGCUUCCGAUAGAGCGAACUGCUGCUUCGCGCUCCAGAAGUGGGGCGGGCGUGAUUUUGCCAUCGACGCCGUCGACCGGGACGGGCGCCACGCGCUCUCCCUAUCUGCGGAGUCCGGCGCGGCGCGGAGUGCCGAGGAGUUGCUGCGGAUGGGUUCCGACGUCCAUCUGAGAGAUAAAGCAGGAAGAACAGCUUUGCACUACGCCUGUAUCGACGGCAACGCGCGCGUCGCUUCUAUAUUGGUGCGACAUGGCGCGGACCCGGACGCGGAAGACGACCAGCAGCGCUCGCCGCGGCACGUCGCUCUUGACUUAGGACGAGAGAACGUGUUGAGAGCGUUGGACGGCGACCUACCGUCCACAGAGCUGGCCCAGCAAGAAGUGAGGAAGUGGCGGUGGGUCGUUGUUGAUGAACGAGGCUCCCUGGUCGAGACGAACGCCCACAAGGUGGCCGUGUUCCGCUCUCGCGCAGCGGCGGCGGCCUGGGCGUCGUCGUUGCAAGACUUCCAGGUCUGUGAGUUGAAGGAACAGGCGCUCUUCGACUUCGAGACGCGAGUCUUGCACGAUAGGAUUGAUGGUGGUGCCGAGGAAGCUCGACAGUUCGAGGAGACCGAGGACCCGGUCAUGGCGGAAUUUCGGAGGCAGGAGCACGCUAAAACGGUAUCGGGUGCCGCGGCGGAUGAAAGGAAAGCUCUCGAGGACCUCAAGGCCGUCGAGGCGAAACUCGAUGACUUCGCGAGAAGGGCGGAGGAAGCGCGGGCCAUCGCGGACAUGCGCGAGCACGCGGUCGUCGACGUGUUUGCGCGGUCCCAUGAGUUGGAGCGGAGUCUCGAGGCGCUGAAGGCGGAGCUGAGCACGUCGGAGAAAGGUCCUGAUCUGAUCGCGUCUCUUGAGAGGUUACAUCAGCGGGGUCACCCCGCGGCCAAGCCCGGCGCGGAUCCCCGGAGACUCGCGGCGGCCGCCGCGGAGUUGGUUUCGGAUGACGCCUUGCCGGCCUGGCGCGCGCCUGAUGCGUACAAAGCGCCCUCUCCAGAGUCGCCGGAGCGCCGGUCGUCUCGCGCGUCGGAGCUCAUGCAGCGCCUCGAGACCAAAUACGCCGUGCCCGCCGCAUCAGUGGAUGUGGCGCCGCCGCCCGACGUCGUGCAGGCGCGGUCCGCGACGGCGGCUCCUGAAAGGCGCGCUAUGCCCAUCCAGCGCUUCGUGCCGCCGGCGUCGCCGUCGAAAGCGCCGGAGCCGCCGCCCUCGGAGGAGCCGGCGUCGCUCCGGGAUUUGCUGGAGGCGGCGCGGCUCGGUGAUAAGGUAGACGCCUUCGAGGACGAGGAGAUUGAUUUGGAAGCGAUCCUGGAAGCGCACCGCGCGGGCGAUUUGAUGGACCUGCUCCGCGAGGUCGGGCUCAAGGCGGGCGAGCGGCUCCGCGUGAAGCGGGCGCUCGGGUAA